AACAACUAUGAACUAGAGCUUCACCGCUACAACUACACUACAACCUCAUCUACCAGCUGUCUCUAGAUCAGCCACUUCUGGAGACUAUGGGUCUCUGUGAGUGUCCCCGGGCAGAUGCUGCACUGUGGUCCAGAAGGAAACAUCUCUAACCUUAGUGACCUACCGUACCCUUUAGCGCCAUGAGGUUGACAUUUUAGAUUGUUAGUGAAAAGUGUUGUCAUCUUCAUGGACUGCAAUGACACCUGGUACAGAUAACCAGUGCCCAGAGAAUAAAUCCGACUCUUCAUCUCGCUCCACCACCAGUUUGAAUUUACGUCUCAAAUCAUAAAAGUGAAGAUUAUCUGGUGACGUGACGAUGCCAUCAACGUGCCUACACAAAUGUCAACCCUGCAGCACUCUUUUUCUUGUGGCUUUUAAAAAAAAUCAUAUUACAUUACAGUUCAUUUAGCUGACGCUUUUGUCCAAUGCAAUUUACAAUAAGACAUUUAAUUAUUUGAGAAGUUCUUAUGAAGAGUGAUUUUCCCCUUCCCAGACUUUAAUACUUUUUAAAAUACAUGAUAUUUAAGAAAUCAAAUAGGAGUAUACAAAAUUAAGUAAAGAUAAGAAACCAUAAUUCUUUAUUGCAGCUGGAUGCUUUUCCUUCUAUGAUAAUCCUUUUAUGACCCCUUACAUUCAUCUCAUAAACCAUUUUAGGUUUCCAACCCUCAGGUUUUAACCACUGAUAUGGUAGUGAAGUAUAAUUUCUCCAAGUGUCACACAAUGGAUUUGCUUGUUUGGGUAUAGUAAAGGUCAACAGUGCUCUUUAGCUAACAUGUUUUUAAAGUGGCAGAUUGUCUAAGGUUUCAAACCAAGGUGUAGUUGCCCUGGAGCAUUUUUAGGUGUUUUUAACACAGAGUAGCAGAGGCAGGUGGAGCAGUAGGACCCUGGGCUGCAGCAGCAGCAGCAGUAGCAGCAGCAGCAGCAGUACAGCAGAGAGCAAAGAGGGAGGAGCCUGAAUAUAAACCAAACAACCCUCCACACCCUGCAGUCUCUGGAAGUUCCUCCGCAUUCCUGCCAUAUUCACAUAACCGAAAACUGGGAAGAACCACACACUGAGGUUGGGACUUUGGAGGGGGUGUGGGCCUGCAGUAGCACCAGAGACCAGAACCUCAUCAUCAACACUCCCUGACAGUGUCAGCAUGAGUAAGGCAGGUGGUGAUGAAGGUGGCGGUGGCAGCAGCAGUGAAGCAGCCCAGCAGCCGGAGGAUAAGACUCCAGCGGAGAAGGUCCUGAGCAAACUGAGUGCCACCACUAUUGGCCCAGGCUGGACUAGAGUUAGUUGUCCCUGCUGUAUAUCGGAGCGGGUUGAGCCCUUGGUUCUGGUGAAGCUCGGAGAGAAGGUUCGCCCUGAGACAAAAAGGUGGCUCAUCAGAGUGAUUGGCGCUUCUCAGAAAGAUGGAGGUGCUGCAUUACUGGCCCACCCGGGCGAGGACGCCAGCGGUAACAUCAUCGUGGUCUCCGCCCCACGCUGUACGUUACUUAAAGCCACUGAAGAGUUGGGUCUCUGUAAGACUUACCGCACCGAGGAGAUGGAAGCCUUCUCCUACAUCGACAGAGACAACUUUAAAUAUUCAGACAACAUGGAGGUGUUCCUGACCCUGGCGGAGCGGCAGUACAUAGUGAAGUAUGAGCUGGACGGUCUGCGGGCGCAGAGAGACCUGAGAAUACCCGGCCUGUCUGACAGCCACACACUGCAGCAGCGUGACAACAUCUGGCAGAAGCUUGGGUCAGCUGGUGUUAUUGUGGACACGUUUCCCCUCCACAACCCGAACAAACUGAAGGAUCUCAGUGAAGCCUGGUACUCUGGGAAUCAGCUGAUUCAGCCGCUGGAUUCAGUCAACGGGUACUUUGGGAGCCCCGUGGCUUUCUACUUCAGCUUCCUUGAUUUCUACACCUGGUCUCUGGUUCCACCAGCCAUACUGGGCCUGUCCAUCACAUACUUCUCAGCGGAGGUCCGGCAUGAGAUGGAUGAGUCGGUGUCAGACCCAAGUGUUGAAGCUGACUCUGGACCAGUGGUCGGUGGUCACAUGAUCCAGGCGGUCUUCAGCAUGCUUUGGUCCACGGUGGUUAUGGAGCUGUGGAAGCGUCGGAGCUCCUCCCUGUCCUACCGCUGGGGGACCAUGCACCUUGCCGAUCGCUUCGCAGAGCCCCGACCCGGUUUCCAUGGCUACCUUGGGGUCAACCCUGUGACGGGUCGUAUGGAGCCGCUCUUUCCUGAAUGGCAGAGGGACCUGCGUAUUGCGCUGGUGUCAGUGCCAGUGGUGGGGCUGUUUCUAGGGUUGGUGGUACUCGGUAUGCUUUGUUUCUACUGGGCGGAGGCUCAGGUGCAACAGCUGCACACAGACUGGGACUCCCUGCUGUCUCAGACUUUUCUCUACAUGCCCUCAGUGCUUCACAUCGUCUAUACAAAUGUGCUAUCAACUGUUUACAAGAUUGUGGCAAAGUCUCUGACUGAAUAUGAGAACCACAGAGAGGAGUCCGCCUUCGAGAACCAUCUGACAGCCAAAGUGUUGGUGUUCACCUUUUUCAACUACUUUGCCGUGCUCUUCCACAUUGCCUUCUUCAAGCAGGAUGUGCCUUUGCUUCGUAAGCGUCUCGCCUCUUUGCUGGUAAUGAGCCAGCUGGUGAACCAGGUGACAGAGGUGGUCAUACCCUUCCUGGUGGACCGAUUCAUCAGCGCCCCACAUAGGACAGAGAGUGAAGACGACCCAGAGGAGGACAAAUUUAGGAACCAAAGCACCCUGCCUGCUUUCCCAGGCUUGUUUGCAGAGUACAUCGAGCUCCUGGUGCAGUUUGGGUAUUUGAGUCUUUUCUCCUGCGUGUAUCCUCUGACGGCCGUGCUGCUGCUCAUCAAUAACCUAACAGAGAUUCGGUCGGACGCCUACAAGAUCUGCAAACUCUUCCGGAAACCCUUCUCCCCCCCUGUGGCUAACAUGGGCGUGUGGCGGAUUGCUUUUGAGGUCCUGAGUUUUGUCUCAGUCGUGACCAACUGCUGGCUGCUGCUGCUGUCGCCAUGGUUACAACAGCUGUUUAAGGAGGGCGGGUUGACCGGCACAAACAUUCUGCUGUUGGCCGUGUUGGUGGAGCAUGUGCUGAUCUUGGUUAAGGUGGUCAUGGCGAUACUGAUCCCCGAUGAGCCGGACUGGAUCCGGAAAAAGAGAGAGCAUAUUGAGUUCACAUCUAUGCAGGCCUUGAGAGAGCAGAAGCUGCAUUCUGAGGAGUCUUGAUUGCGUUUCAAAGUGUUAAGGUGUUGCUUUUUGUUGCCCUGUGCUGCGCUGCUACAACCAGAAGAUGGUACCGACCUCAGUGUUGUUUGGAGCCUCAGAGGUGUUAGAUCUCUGGCCGGGCCCACAGUGCAUACUGCUGUGCCCCUAAUCCUGCCCCUGUACACGUUAGUGUUUCUGCUGCUCUCACUAAAUAACAUGGUGCUUCUGCAAUGUAGACCACUUGAAAUGUACUGUCAUGUAAUGUGUUCACUGCAAAUGCAAUUGAAACAGCAGCUUAAGUUUGUUUUUAUUCAAUAUUGGACUGCAAAUGGAAUGUAUUGGUUAUGUGUGCAGAUGCCCUUUAAACAGAUAAUGAUAAUGGAAGUUUACACAGGGUUUGUUCAGAUUGAAUGAGGGAAAGAGAGCGCUCUUUUAAAAUCACUAUGGCUACAGUAGGUGAAGUCAAUAUUAAUAGUGUGUUUGCGCAGAUUAGCUAGAGCUAAUAGUAAUUAGUUAGUGUUCAGGAUUCAUAAUUAGAGGACAGUAUCAUCACUGUGGGGAUUAUAAGAGCAUCGACAGCAUUUGUGCAUCUUUUAGCUCAUUGUUUUGUGUUUUUUGGCCCAGAACUUUGCUGUUUUGAAUGACACUCACCGCUCUCAUCAGCCUAAAUUCAGCUGUCUUCAGUUAAAAAAUUUAAAAAAGCUCAGAUAGACCCAAUGAAUGCUGCAGAAAGAGUUACAGAGUUGUGCACAUAAUGGAACAGUUAGCAGCUAAAGGGCCAGAUAUGUUCCUGGUGGAGACCAAAAACAAGCUAAAAGAGUGAAUAUUGGAUAUCAAGUGGUCAGAAACACAACUCCAAAUGAACGUUGCUCGCUAACUGCUGGAUGGGUUUAUAAGCAACUGUUUGCCAACAAAUUAGCCAUGUCAACUUUAUAAAGAGAUACUUUGCUAAUGUUGUGUUUACAGUUUGUUGUGCUGCCCCCAAGUGGCCAAACAACAUAUAAUGCAGCUUUAAUUUCUAGCUCCAUAAAAUGUGAGAUUGUAAAUCCUCUCCUUUAAACUUGCAGUCUGUAUUUCCAGUAAACGUACGGUGUCAGGGGAGUUCAGUGCUCAGUCAGUAUUGACAGUGACAACAGUCCAACAGAAAGACUUAUAGUAUUGUACACAUGUAUUCAUGUGUUCUACAAUAAUGAGCUUAUUAUCUGUUGUUUGCAUUUACGUUUAAAAACUCGUAAGAAAUCUUGAAAAACAAGAAGAGAUGCUUCUGGUCCAGUAGUUAGUGGAGUACCCUCCCUUGAUGGUACUGCCCUCUUCAUAAAGUGUGGUUAUAGUACCAUGGCACAUCUAUAACGCGAUAUGAAAACGGGAACCUGUGCCAAGAUUUAGAUUUGAAUUGAAAGUGAUGGGGAGCUACCAAAGAACCGCUAUGUGCUUUGCUUUUACAAAUGUAUCAUUUCUUCUGUGUGGGUUUCAGUCUUUACUCGCUUUGCAAUGUGUUGUGUGCCUCUUAGAAUGACUGCUUGAGUUCACUGUGCUGCAACAGCUGAUUCCCCUUAUAGUCUAACCCUUUACAUUCACACAGUUAGUGUUAUUUUAUGUUGACUGCUGGCAGAUUUGACUUAAUAUAAUGAAUGUGCAGAUUAAUCCACCGUGGAAGUCCACCGUUUCUGCUAGUGUAUUGUUUACUAUAUAAGUUAUUGAUUUAAGGAGUUAGUAGUCUUUCACUGCCACCAGGAGGCACUGUUCACUUGUAUUCACUGUUCCAUGUUAUUCCACAUGCAGAGUUUCACCCUGCUGGCUGUAGAAAUGCAUGGGGAAGGUUGCAGAUGGGCGGUGAGACUUCCUCAUGCGGCUGUACAUGUGCACGUCUGACACUAAUUAUAAACCUAUAAGUGCGUGUGUGUGCUCUGUUCUGAAUGGUUGUGAUGAGUUAGUGAAGAUGAACUUUUCAAUAAGAUGGCACCAGGAUCAGGAUUUGAGGUCAGAAACCGAGGUGACACUGUUUGCUGGUUGUCCUGCAAUAAACUCACAGAAGUUAAUUA